AUGAGCAAAGAUUCCUCCGCAACCCACCUCCACAUGCACCAGCCCCGACUGGCCGACCUGUUCGAAGAGUUCACAAAACCACACAUGUCCACAGCAGGCAUAUCAUCCAGCUCCCAACACAAUCUAUCCCAAUCCUCAGGCGCUCACCAAUCAAACAACCCCAAUGCCGUAACAUACGGCUCCUCCCCCUCCACAAUCCCCUCCUUCCUCCCCAUCGAAGACAUCUACCUCCAGCCGCAAUACCAGCCGCCUAACCCGGAAGACGAAGACGAUGUCAUCCCAGAUCAACAUGCUGCGUUUGGAAUUGCGAGGGCCAUGGAGCACAGACAGGAAGCUGUGUGGAGGGAUUUGGGUCUCGAGGCCUUGGUGAAUGGGCAGGGUCAUGGUGGUGGUGCGACGGUUGCGAAUGGAGGUGCUACUGGUGCAGGGGGUGCUGGGUUAGGGCCGGGGGCGACGUUGAGGGGGAGUGGUGGUGGUGCUGCUUCUGCGGGGUCGGCCGCGGUGAGGGUUCGGAGUGCGGGGAGGAAGAUGGGUGGGCGGCGGGUUAUUACUUUGCGUUGA